UGAAAUGCUGCAACAUCUGGGUAUCUGAAACCCCGAUGAAUACUGUUCGAUACUUUGGGUCUGGUUAGACCCAUAUUCCAAUGCCGACGAAGUGAACGAGGGAGAUCGCAGAAGAGCUGGGAAGAGGAGCACGGAGGAUGACGUCCCAGGUCCUGAUUCAGGAGUUGUCCACGAUCAUCCAAGAAUCCAAGAGGAAAAAUAGCGAACUUAAGAGCGCUGCCGAAAAGGCACUGAACGAUAUAAAAUCUUUGCCGUCCACUUCGGAGGCUCAAUUCGCCCACGAUGUCUCCAAAAGACCAAACAUUCUCUCACCGUUGUUGCUGGCAUGCGACUCAAAGAACACAAAACUCAUAGCGCCGGCCGCUGUCUGCCUCCAGCGGCUAGCGGUAUCCAAAGCAAUUCCAAGACAGAGCCUAGAAGAUGUCGUCGAAGCUCUACGCAGUUGCAGUUCAUCCGGCUUAGACAUUCAAUUGAAAGUGCUCCAGACGCUGCCCUCCCUCGCACAGAAUUACUCGGACGAAAUCAGAGGAGAUCUUCUGUCGAACGUUCUCCAAGUAUGCUCUCUUUUGCAAGGGACGAAGACACAAGCGGUGGCGUCGACAGCUGCCGCGACCCUUCAACAAUUAAUCAUUACACUCUACGAUCGAUUGCGGGCGGAAGAUGACAGACAACUCGAAGUCCCAGCUACCCAUGAGAUCAAGCUUGAAAGUCGCAGUGUGAUGGUAAGACCCGUCGCUUUCGACGCAUUCCAUGUUUUCCAUGACCUCUGUUAUCUUCUGGACGGCAAGAAGCCGCACUACAUCCGGUUCUCUUCGAUCUCGCCAUUGGGUGUGCUGGAACUCAUUGAAUCGAUUUUGGGCAACUAUUCCAGCACAAUAUCCGACCAUGACGAGCAAUUACAAUGCCUGAAAGACACAUUGCUGCCAAGCAUUGUGAGGAUCCUGGGGGAGAAGCACGUAUUCUCAGCCAAUGUACGGUGUAUGAGAGUGCUCAACUUGAUCCUCCAACAUCAUCUUCCAUCCGUUCCUUCGCAAUGCGAGUCGGCGCUUGCCCUGCUCAAUCAUUUCAUGGACCCAGAAGCUGGUCCGCCGUGGAAACGUAUCCUCUCUCUCGAGGUGUUUCAAAAUCUUUAUGCCGACCCAGAUUUAAUUCUUCAGCUGUAUGAUCUUUAUGACAGCCGUAGCAAGGGUAGGAAGAUUUUGCAGGAUAAUCUCAAUUCCUUUGUCAGGCUUGCAUCGGAAAAGCCGUCCUUGAUUGGACUGAGCCACCAAUCCACAGUACCUGGCAAGUCAACCAAUGCUCGCGAUGGCCCAGCAGAUCAAGUUGCAGUGGAAUCAGAUGCUGUUGCUGGGGUUAUUGGAGGUGCGGUUGGAUUCAGCGGAAGCAACUAUGUGGGGAUAAGCAACGAAUUCAGCAUCAUACGAACGCCUUGCAUCGAGCAAUUGGACAAGAAUGAGCCGCAUACAAUCCCCGAAACCUAUGUUUACACACUAGCGUUGGGAUGCAUUGGGUCGCUCGCUGAUGGCCUUGCGAAGAUCAUCCUUCCACUAUCGGUCCACUCUGACAGUCGUGGAAGGAAGAAACCAAAAGCGCACUCCGAUGUUGAGGUCACGGAGGUUGCAGAUCCUUACAUCGACAGCCACAGAAGCACGAGGGGAGGUGGUGUAUCCAGGUCAACGUCUUUUCGAAAACGCACGGUCCCGAUAAAUCCACUGGAACUCAAGGAACACAACUCAUUCAAGGACAUCCAGGCAGUUGCCAAUAUCCUGGAUGACUGUUGGCCUGCAGUUCUCGCUGCGUAUUCUACGUUCCUCUACUCCGCGCUGGACAAUGACUACUACCGGUCAUUAGUACGGUCAAUACAGAAGUUUGCUCAGGUGAGCGGGCUUCUACGGAUGACGACUCCUCGAGAUGCAUUCCUUACAACACUCGGCAAAGCAGCAGUACCUUCAAAUGUGGUCGCUGCAACAUUUUCUUCACCUACAAGCGCAACUGCUGAGAGCCCCAGUACCACCGGCAGCGUUAAAGGCUUGGGGCUGCUCAGUGUAGAAGGGUUAGUCAAUCAAGGCGGAAGACGGGUGUCUGCAGAGAACCCAACCCCUUCUCUGAAUACCCGGAAUCUGCUCUGCUUGCGGGCGUUACUGAAUCUCGCCAUUGCCCUGGGGCCAACCUUAGGCCCGGCCUGGUCAAUCGUGAUUGAAACACUGCAACAAGCUGACCUUAUUCUCGCUCACCCAUCUUCGCGGGGCUCUAUACGGGAUCGACCGAGCUCAUCUUCGGACACUGUUUUAGAUAACUCCGAAUCACUUUCCCAAAAUCUGAACACGGAGAUCGCGGCUUGCCAAGCUGCCGCAACACGGCUCUUCGAAAGCACGGCUGAUUACCCAAACGAUGCCUUCCAUGCCGUACUAAAAUCUGUUGGUGAGCUGCUACAUGGGAAGGGUGGGCGAACACCAGUCGUGAGAACUCCUCAGGUACCUAGGACGCCAUUUCAGCACCAGAGGCGCGUCAGCAACUUCUCGACCAUGUCUGUCACCACAGACGGUAAUCUCCAAGACAACAUGUUUGCUUUGAACAAGACGAAAGACAUCGCAACGAUGAAUCUUGGCCGCUUCUUGGCGUAUGACGAAGAAGAAAGCGGAUGGAAGUCCCUCACGACCGAGUUAACCACGAUUGUGAAGAACCAAUCCAUCUCACGCCAAGCUCGUCUAUUCGCAGCUGAUAUCCUGAUGCAUCUCGCCCUGGAGAUGGUCAAGGACUUGGAUGAUGCUGACGACAACGAUGUUAUCUAUCAACGCGCCCUCGAUACUCUCAUGGAUCAGUAUCGACAGGCUUCUGUGGAGACUGGCCAGAAACCGGACGAUGUGAGUUUGGAGGUGCACAUGCUCGUUCUGCGGUCAUUACAGAUGAUGGUGGAAACUUGUGGCGACUCCUUGAGAUCGGUAUGGCAUCCUGUACUGCAGCUUGUCAUCUCUGCCUUUGAGAGGGAGAGAUCUGUGAUAGAGAGUGGUGAGACGAUAGGCAAGGUCUCUGUCGAUGGCGCUAUCGUGUCGGUGAGGAUUGCGCGAACAGCAUUCAGCACGGUGGAGCUGAUUUGUUCCGACUUUAUUCACUCUUUGCCUAUCGACGCCCUUCCAACUCUAGUGGAGACAUUGUAUCAAUUUUCCAGGCAGAAUCAAGACCUAAAUAUGUCCUUGACAGCAAUAUCAUUCUUCUGGAACGUCUCGGACUUCAUCCACGAGCACGUGCAUGACGAGGAACUGGAGACGUACACCAGCACUGAAACCGGCGAAGAACUGAUCAGAACACUUCAUCAAACGUCAGACAAGUCGUCAAGCGCUGCAAUCUGGCUGAUGCUCCUGUUGCGUCUAACGACAGUGGCUCAUGACGAACAGCCGGAGGUUCGGAACGGAGCCCUUCAAAUAAUCCUUCGAAUCAUUCAAAACGUUGGAGGGGAGCUGUCGCCAAGCACAUGGACGCUAUGCCUCCGAUGCAUUCUUUUGCACAUGCUUGAUCAAGACGCGGAGAAGCAGCUUUCUGCCAUUAAACAGCCGGCGAAAGAUGGAACAUCCGAUGCUGACACCGAUACUGCCGUGGCAGAGUGGACGGAAACAUCAAGGCUGAUGUUAACAGGUUUCAGCGGGCUCUUCUCAGCGAAUCUAUCGGUCAUUUCGAAAGCAAGUAGGUUCCCAGAUAUCUGGGCCAACGUCCUCGCAAGCUUCGAGAAGUAUCUGAAACUGAAACGGUACGGCACAAGUGCGGCGGUGUAUUCUGCGCUUGAAACCAUCCUUGCUGCCAUCCCAUCGCCAGAAUCCGUCGACCUCGCGCUCAUUGCCCAGGUCGCCGAACUAUGGGUGAGCAAUUUCCCCGAGCAGGAGAAAAGUGGCUCGACGAAAGAGAAUAAUCAGGAUGCUUACGCGAAAUACGUUCGCGCUUUCAAAGAGUUAUAUCGACUGGCGAAGACGAAGUUUAACCCCUCACUAAUCUCAGCCGCCGCGGAGCACUUAGAGACAUGUAUUCAAUCGGAAGAUUUCGCAUACUCAAACGACGUGGAAAGCCUCACCGUUGUCCAAAGCCAAGUACUCGGAGCGCUCUCCGGCAUUGAGACGGAUAAGGAUGGAGUUUCGUCGAUAAUCGUCAAAUCCUUAGCCGGAAUUGGUGUCCUCCCAAUCGGCAAUGACAGGACGGACCCCAAAGCCAAAGCCCUCACGUUUGUUGCCGUCUCCAAAGCAUGCAUGGACGGGAUCCAGCACACGGUCAUCAACCGUCUCGACCACGACGCGGACCUGAUCGAAAGCGGUGCCGUCACUUCAGCUCUCGAAUGCCUUUCCCGUGCUAUCCACUCCAAAUACCAGCGCAGAACUGACUCCAAAACCAUCCCCAUUUGGCGCAAAGCCACGACCGUGUCCGUCACCAUUCUCCAGAAACUCCUUUCCAACGGUUCCGUUCUCCCCGGCAAUUCGACCACCCUCCAUAGCCUCUUGCAGGCCACCGUGCACCUCACCACCGGCAUCAUGACACCCGACCCCUUCCCCUCUCCCACAUCCAGCCACGCAGCCCUCUCGACCGACGAAUCCUUCGACAUCUCCACCCUCCUAACCCUCUUCCCUCUCCUCACACCAGCCCUCUCACCCCCCACCAUCCCCGAACCCAUCCGCCACGAAUUCGCCUACAACCUCUUCCUCACCUCCCUCAUCCACCCCCUCGACCUCCGCGACGUUACCGACCCGCAAUCUUCCUCGCUUACCGAUCUCCACGUCAUCCGCUUCGGACGCACGUACGAACCCCCCGCGCGCACGCGGCUGAAGAUGGCCUAUCUCUGUCUCGAACAACUCAUCUCGCUCAUCAGCAACGGUCCCGAAUCGCCAGAGAACCCCCAGCCCCGCCGCGACCGCAUCGCCCUCGCACAAUCCGCCUUCCCCUAUCUCCUCCUCCGCGCCGCGUUGCCGCUCAAAGCGUACAUCGCCGACCAGCCGCUGCGCGGGCAGAUGCCGAUGCCGGAGACGCAGCGGGCGGAAUUGGUGUGGGUGUUGCGGCGGUUGCGAGAGACGGAGUGUUUGGAGGAGGCGGGGGCGGAGGUGGAGCGGGUAAGGAGUCACGGGCGGAGGCAUUUGUUGCGGUUAUAUCCGUUGGUGGGUAGGGCAUUGGGGGUGAGGAAUGGGGAGGGGGAUGUGAGGGGGGAGUUGGUGGGGUGGAUGGAGGGGGUAGGAGUGGAGUUAGGGCUGUGA